AUGGAACACCCUGAGAUGAAGGGCCCCGCGCGGAUCCUAGUCAAUGACAAGGAAGUUAACGACGAGGGGGGCCUACGGAAGGUUAAGAUGUGGCUGAAAGAGCUAGUAAAAAAUGUGUUCGUACAGGAGGACACGGAUGAUGCCUUUCCGUCCAAGAACAAAGCUCUGAGGAACACCUUCUGGACGUCUCAACUGAACCUCGCCCUGAUCGGGGAAGACGGGCUGACCCCGGCGAAGGAGCACGUGGAGAAGGUGCUGCAAGACCUGCGCGACGAAGGCAUCUGGGAGAAGUUUCGGAGCUUCCAUUCGCUGUUCUGGUUCCUCCCGGCGAGCGAUUUGGUCCUCACGGCGUUGCCGUUGAUAGGCAUGGUUCUCUCCCUGGUGGCACUCCUGCUGAAUCAAAUAAACCUCUUGACUGUGCUCCCCAUUUACCUCAUCCUUCAGUCCAUUUACAGCGUAGGGAAUAUAUGGUACAAUUACGUCUUCGAGAUCGAGCUGCUAGAACUGGUUUUUUUGACUCUCCUUUUGGUGCCGCUGUGUAGGAAUCAUCUCAAGUGUCGAUUUUCUACUACCCCGUUUGUAAGGUACGCAUGUCGCUUCUUCGUCUUCAAGGUAUUGUUAGGGUGCAGCUUAAUACGAUUUAGGAAUACAGAAUUGUGGGGGCACCUGGAGGGAAAGUAUUACCUGUACGAGACGCAACCUUUGCCAUCCAUCAUUGGAUAUAUUUUUCAUGGGAAUGUGACUCUGAGCAAACUGGAUAAUCUGUUUUGCAUCCUAACUGAGUGUGUCUUCUCUUUUUUGAUUCUUUUCCCUGUAAGGUCGUUUCGGCUAAUAGGGGGUGUGUUGAUCCUUCUCUACUGCGUCUUAAAUUUCGCCACGGGUAAUUCGUACCUGUUUUAUGUUCUUCUGUUAGCUCCUUUGAUGUUUUGUUUCGAUGAUGAGGUGCUGCUUCCUUUUGUUUUAAAGGGGAAGAGGAAUGAAGUGUUGUCUGUGGUGAGGGAGAAGGCGGCGCAGAUCGCCAAGAGCAGGGGGUACUUUCAAAGCUUCGAUGUUCUCUUCUGUACGGGGUUCAGUGUGGAUGAAGUGAACAAGAUGAGAGAUGCAUAUUUUAGGAUCGACUCAGAGGGGGAAGGAAGCGGCUUCAAUGGUAGAGGCCCCUUGGAUGGGAGAAGCACUUGGAAUCGAGGAGUGCCGCCAAAACCAGAGACGGAGCAUCUGCUUAGACGGGGGAGCUCUAGCCACGAAACGAAUUUCUACUCAGAGCAAAAUCCCAUGGAGAGUAUCAGAAAGGAUCUCCUUAAUGCUCUUCACUGGGUUUUUUCAAAGAAGGGGCCACAAUAUAUACUGACAAAUUAUAACAUCUCAAGAGAGCUAAUCAUCCAUGUGUUUUGUGUCUCCAUCAUGAUCCUCUACAACAGCUGUGUCUACAUUACGUACUCUACGAGAGUAUCCAUUUUGUUAUUUUUUAUCUAUGUGGGUUCUUUCCUGCUAUACAUGGUUUAUCUUUUUUUUUUUACAAAAAAUGUUUUCCCAUGUUUUGUUGGUCAGGUGGGACUCCUCCUAAGUGUUUCGCUAAUCUACACGAAUUACAUCUUCCUUCAUGGAUUUUCAGAUGUGUAUUUCUCGUCUCUAUUCUUCUUGCACUUGUUUUGUUUACUCUCCCUUUCUGUGUCUCACUUAAGAAAUCAAAGGUUUGUGGUAAAAUGCCUGUCUCAGUAUUUCUACUUUGUCCUCUUUUUGUACUUCCUUUGCUUCUUCGUGCAGAAUGUUCUGUCUCCACUGCAGGUGAUGAAUGGAGAGUACGGUAACUUCCAGCAGAUGAAUGUGUAUGGAUCCUUUGGACGAAUCAAUACAAUCAGACGAGAGAUCACUGUGAUGGCUAGCCGUCCAUCGGAUGUCUCUUCUAUGAUGAGAUCCCCGGGAGAACAACUCCACUCUCAGUGGGAUAACUAUGAAUUUAACUGCAAGCCGGACAAUGUAGAGAAAAGGCUGUGUAGCCAGUUCAGAUUUGUUUAUGGCUUUCUCCCCGUCUUAUAUGUGGAUAGACUGGAUUGGCUAUUCAGCCAACUUAGUUACAGUGAUGACGAGACCAUUUUACAGACGCCUUGGUUUCGGAGAUUUUUAAAAAAACUCGCUGCCAACGAUGAAGGGAUCAUUUCUCUGUUGUAUAGGACCCCGUCUUUUGUAACGCCGUCUGGGAAGGACCCAUCCAAGUAUCGUCCCAUCCAUUUGACCAUCUCCAGUGACGUCUACCGCUUUUCUCCACAGGGGAAGAAGUAUGCCUGGUGGGAGGUGGUCUCCUCGCGGGUCAUCCUUGAGCAGGAGGGCGGCCAAUCACGAAGAAGUGGGUUUAGCAGGAUCGAGACACACCAUAGGGUGGACCGUCAAGAAGAAAAAAACAACCUCUUGCAUAUGGGAAGCUCUUCUGCCAUUGAGCCUAGAGAGAGAUCCAUAUCUCCGGCUAAUCAUUAUGUCUCCACGGAGGGAGACACUUCAUCGGAGGCCAUCACGGGAGAAUUGAUGAAACGGGACGGCAUGAGGAAGAAGCGCCGAUCUGCGCAGCAGGGGCGACUGCACGGGGAAGAGCCAGAAGCGGCAGAAUCAGAAGCGCCAGAACCAGAAGCGGCGGAGCUAGAAGCGGCGGAGCAGCAGGAGUCACUGCGAGGCAGGAUACGCAUGCGGGAAAAAAAUAGAUAUACGCAAAAGAAGAAAGAAUUUUUUAAGCAAAAAAAAAUGCACGAGUUGAGAGCAGAGGAGGAGGAGAGGAAGUCACAGAUGGGAAGGGAGUCACACGGGGAAAAAGACUCCUUGGAGGAGGAACAGAUGCUGGAGAGCGUUGCGGACACGGGAAGGCAAGGCGAAGGGAACACGUCUCCACAGUUCAUAAGCGGCAUGGAAAACGACAUGGCAAACGGAAUGCCAAUGGAUGACCCCGACGAAGCGGUCGAUGGGGAAGACCUCUUUUCCGCGGCAAAGAAGAUGGAGGCGGCUCGGGAAAGGGCAACUGAGAAGGAAGCACAGAAGAGGCAGUUCAAAAUGGGUGGCGGUGGGAAAGAGAAAAGAAGUCUUAACGUGAUUCUUCCGAGUGUGAUGUCACCCGACCUGGUUCUUCCCAGUAUCGUGUCGCCCAAGGGGGUACGCUCCCUCGAUGGAGAAAUACAAAAUCAGAUCGAUCAGGCCAUCCGAAACUCCUACAGACAGUCUGGACUGCUCAACGGUUUUUCUCGUAAAAUUAAAAAACUGGGGUUUGCCAAAAGGGACCAGGGGAGGAUUCGGUACGACGAGAUUAAGGAGUUGCUUGGCCGGCCUCGGGGGUGA